AUGUCUCUCCAACACUCUACUUUUGUCUUCAGCAUUUUGAAACGAAGAGUUGCUUCUCAAAGCCAUGUGACUGCAAGAAGAAUGCAAUGUGUUCGUUACAACUCUUCUAUCAAUAAUAAAAUUGCAUCAAAUAACUCUACAACUACAACGAGGACAGUUGGAAAGGACAAAGCUGACACACCUACUACUACUAGUACUUCUAAUGCAACUGCUUCAGUUACAGCAGCAUCACUCAAUAACACUAAUGAUACCGAAGAAAAGAGUGAAAAGAUCAAGCCAGCCACCAUUGAGAAAUUACCCUUUGUGCCAGUUAUCAAUAUUCCCAAAACAGAAUUUGCAUACCAUUCCUUCUUUUCGCUGCAUAGACCUUUCUUUGGACUGGCAGAUGAUAGCGAUCGACCUUUUUUUUCAAACAGAACCAUAGAAGAAGAGGCACAAGAUAAAUUCGAUGAUGCAUUAGCUGAUUGUAUGAAGGACUUACAACCCUUUGUACCACCAGAAGACAUGAAGUACAAAGCCUCCAGCGAACAAAUGAAAAUGAACCAUAACGAUAAAUUUGAUUUUGGAGAAGAUAUCGACGAUGCCAUCCAUGAUGAGGAUUUACUGUUCUAUUCAGAGUUCAAUCGGAAGUCAAGCCUACCGAUUCAUCAUAUGCCAGACAGUUCAGAAGUUAUUGACUUUUUAUCUGAUGUUGAAUCAAAGAUGAAGUUAGAAGAAGAGGAGGCAGCAGAGAUAGAGCAGAGAUUGCAGACGAUAAAUAAGGCGAAGAAAGCCAAAAGACGAUAUCAACCGUUAAAAUCAAACAAGAGACCUUAG